AUGGGGAGCCACCCCACCCCUGAGCUCCAGAGAACCACAUCAGGUGGGUACCGGCUGCCCCACACCAGGCCGGUUGUGCAGAGUGGCCCUGCGGCGGGCAGGGGUCUUGUGGGUGGCUGCCCAGCCCCCCAGGCCCCAAAGGCAAAGGCACAGGUAGCGGAGGGCGCGCAGCGGGACCAGCUGUGGAAGGAGCUGCUGGAGGCGGAGCAGCGGGGCCUGCAACGCUGGGCUGAGAACUGGAGUUUCCUGAAAGACUAUGACCCCAUGGGCAAUAAGAAGGAGCCUGAGAAGCUGCCGGACUAUGUACCCUUCUUUUCGGACACGGUCCCCAAUUCCACAAACCGGGUCGUGGGCAGCAGGGUGGACACGCCGCUGGGGAAGACGCUCAUUGGCAUGGACUUCUUCUUCGUGGAAGGGGCCCGGAAGAAGAAGCUGGAAGAUGAGCUGCAGCCCGUCUAG